GCAUACUUAAAGAUUGCACCGGUCACGCUGACGGGACCCACCGGUGCCCGCGUCGAUACCUACGCCCUUAUGGACGACGGCAGCACUAUCACGUUGAUCGACGAAAACCUGGCGGAAAUAUUGGAGCUCGAUGGGCCGCGGGAUCCUAUGUGGGUACAAGGCCUUAAUGAAACAGUGAGGCACGAAAACAGCCGACGCGUCGACGUCAAGAUACGAGGACGGUUCAAUGAAGAAGAGUUUACGUUACGAAACGCCCGCACAGUACAACGCCUUAUGUUUACGAAACAGAAUAUCGAACAAAGAGAACUAAGGGACUGCGUCCACCUACAGAAAAUUGAAGAUAAAUUGAUAUACAAGAACGCGAGCCCGAAGAUACUUAUCGGUCAAGAUAACUGGGAGUUAUUGUUGGCAUUGGAGAUCCGUACCGGUCGUCGAGAUCAACCAGUGGCUUCAAAUACACGACUAGGAUGGGUUUUACACGGAUGUCGCACGUCAUAUCACGAGAAUGUCGCCUUCUGUGGUCACAUUAUACUCAAGGAACAAGAUAACAAAAUGGAAAAUAUGAGGAAGGAGUUCUUCAACAUGGAAGCUCUCGGUAUCAGUCCCAGAAGACAGAAGAGUAAUCCAGAAGAACGCGCGAUGAAAAUUCAAAAGGAAAAUAGUAGAAGAUUGCCCGAUGGCCGCUUCGAAACUUCGUUGCUAUGGAAACAAGAUGACUUCGUUGUACCUAACAACUACGAUGACGCCUUCAAGCGAUUGAAGAUUUUAGAAAAAAAGUCAGACCGCGAUCCGGUUCUCAAGGAAAAAUACGACGCAACGAAAAGAAAACGUACGAAACCGAAUCCCAUAGAAGAUCCUAACUGGACAAGGGGCCGAAAAAUCGAAAAGGACUCAAGUACGAGUGUGAAAAGAAGAGAAAAAAGAAAAUUCGUGCAUUUGGAAUCAGAUUACGUUCUAAAAGCGGAAAAACUAUGGGUGCGAGAAGUGCAAGCACAAUCAUACGCGAGUGAAAGAGAACGCAUCAUACGGGGAAACGCCCCCGGCCCACGUGACAAGCUCGCAAGUCUGAGUGUUUACCUAGAAAAUGAUGGGCUAAUUCGUCUACGGGGAAGAAUCAAAGCGACUACGGAAAUCACCAUGGAAACGGUCAACCCUGCUCUGCUAGAUGGAAAACAUAAAUAUACAAAAAUGUAUAUUCAAUGUGUACACGAAAAAAUGCAUCACGGCGGCGUCGAGUUGACUGUGAACGAGUUACGACAACGAUACUGGAUCACGCGAAUACGACCUACGGUGAAAAGUGUUAUAAGGAGCUGUCAGAUAUGCAAAUUAAGAAAAACGAAGCCGAUGACACCGUCGACGGGGGACCUACCACCAGCGCGACUCACAGCAUCUGGCGGACGAGUUUUGGAGACGUUGGGUGAAGGAGUACCUUCCCCAGCUACAACAGCGGCGGGAGCCCUACCAUACCGGCUCUCACCCCAAAGUCGGCGAUCUAGUCAUCAUCUGCGAUCCAAACCUACCCAGGAACGUAUGGCCACGAGGACGAGUAUCUCGAGUAUAUCCAGGGCCGGACGACGAAGUACGCGUCGUGGACGUGACGACGAGCAACGGGCACGUGCUGAAAAGACCAAGCAAGAGGAUCGUCGUGCUACCAGUAUUAGAGCCGCAUGCUGCGACCGGCGGGAGAAAUGUGCACGACGAACCGCGCUCCGAUGCAAGACCGGUGAAAUAGCUACAGGAGCGAGCAGAAAGGCGCUCUCGACCAAUCAGGAGCGAGCAUUCUAAGAUUGAAAAUUAUGUGCACGACGGAGCCGCGUUCCGCUGCAAGACUGGCGAAGUAACUACAUGAGCGAGCAGAAAAGCGCUCUCGACCAAUCAGGAGCGAGCAUUCUAGGGUGAAAAUUAGUUUUAACUUAUGUUUUUAUCUUAUAAGAAUUUGGCAAAUUAAUAAAGAAUACAUUGAUUUAAAGUAUAAGUAUAGGUAGAUAACU